UAUUCAGCCAUUUCUCUUUCUCUUUUUAAAAAGGAUAAUAUCAAGAUUUAUUCAAAGCUUUUUACACUUGUUUAUUUGGGCAAUAAGGUCAUGAAGGGACUUUGAUCAAGUUUCUUCAAAGAUUAACUGACAUCCUCUGAAAGUACAUCAGUUUCUUUUCAAUCAGGUAUUUGCUCAGCUCCUGACAGGGUGUUGAAUUCAUUAGAAUUAUACGGUUUCCUGGUCUUCGCUGUAGGUUUCCUUAAGACAUGCUGCUGAAAUCACAAAGUCUCCUCUCAGAUUCCUUCCCUCCCUCUGGCUUCCUCAUUCAGUUACUCAAACUAUCUGGGAAGCCAAGCUUGCUGAGUGCUGAUGAAAUUCUGUCUGGGGAAAGAAAAAUAAAGCCCCUGAAAAAGAAGCAGGAAGAGGCUGCUGGUUAGCUGGGCGCACGUUUUGCUGAGUAGAGGAUGAACAAGUGCAGUAAGGAGGAGGAAGCAGCCACUGCCACUGCUCACUAGCUCGCUAGUUUUCUCCUUGGCAAACAAGAAGGCAGCAUUGGCAAGGAGAGCAACAGCAGGUGACAAUGGCAGCAAGGAGGAGGUCUAGGACACUGACAAUGGAAGCCACCCAGAUCAAUAUGUCACAAGCGCCACUAGUGAACGGCAACAUCACUAAGUCGAAGAGGAGCAAACCUCGUGUGAUGUCCAAAAGUGGCCACAGCAAUGUGAGGAUUGACAAGGUUGAUGGCAUUUACCUCCUUUAUCUUCAGGAUCUGUGGACGACCGUCAUCGACAUGAAGUGGAGAUAUAAACUUACCUUGUUUGCUGCUACCUUUGUAAUGACUUGGUUUCUUUUUGGAGUCAUCUACUAUGUUAUUGCCUUUCUUCAUGGAGAUUUGGAAGGGAACAAACACCUGCAGAACCAGGCCCCCUGCGUCAUGCAUGUGAGGUCACUCACAGGAGCAUUUCUCUUUUCUUUGGAGUCGCAGACUACCAUUGGCUAUGGCUUCCGUUACAUCACAGAAGAGUGUCCUCAUGCCAUCUUCCUUUUAGUUGCUCAGCUGGUUCUCACCACCUUGAUUGAGAUCUUCAUCACGGGGACUUUCCUGGCCAAAAUUGCUAGACCCAAAAAAAGGGCCGAGACCAUUAAAUUCAGUCACUGUGCUGUCAUCUCCAAGCACAAUGGGCAACUGUGCCUUGUAAUCCGAGUGGCAAACAUGAGAAAGAGCCUCUUGAUUCAGUGCCAGCUGACAGGAAAGCUUCUCGAGUCCUACGAAACUAAAGAAGGUGAGAGGAUUCUGCUUAACCAAGCGACUGUUAAGUUCCAUGUUGACUCCGCAGCAGAGAGUCCAUUCCUGAUUUUACCUCUGACUUUUUACCACAUAUUGGAUGAGAGCAGCCCCUUAAGAGACCUUUCACCCCAAAACCUGAAAGAAAAAGAGUUUGAACUGGUUGUCCUCCUGAAUGCCACCGUAGAGUCAACAAGUGCCGUCUGCCAGAGCCGAACAUCGUAUAUCCCAGAGGAGAUCUUCUGGGGUUUUGAGUUUAUGCCUGUGGUCUCUCUCUCUCCAAAUGGGAAGUACGUUGCAGAUUUCAGUCAGUUUGAGAAGAUCAGAAGAUGUCCAGAUUGUACCUUGUACAGUAUGGACUCUGAAAAACAAAAACUAGAAGAGCAAUAUAGAAAAGAAGAUGAAAGAGAAAGGGAGCGCAGGACAAGGUUUUUACAGCAAAGCAAUGUUUGAUUUCUCAUCCAACAACAACCACAACAAAUAUUUAUACAGCUUGAAUUAUCAUCACACACACACACACCCUUGAAAAUGGAAGGGCAUCAAAAACUCAUCCAAACAGCUGUGGCUGCACAAACAAGACAUUUUAUUCUAGAAUCCAUGAAAACCAAGUACACCAUCUAGAUCUGUUGCUUAUUUUUUGACCCUUAAGAGUCCUUAUUGAGAAACUGGUUUUUUUUAUAAAGAAAAGGUCAUAGCAGAUUGAAUCUGCAUUAACCCCUGCCCCCCUCUGUUUGUCCACCUGAAAUAGAUGGUCCCAUCAAUCAAGACAGCAGUCACCACUCCCUUCUCUGUUCAUCUGGGGUGUGUGCAGGGAGGAAAAAAGCAUGGAUAACCUAACCUAGGGGAGGGUUUUCAAAUGUGUGUCAAGUAACCAUCCUUGUGGACAGCAGGAUCCAGACUCAAUCUAGACUGAAAGCAGCAUGUUGAAGACAAGCAAGAACAAUUCCAGAUUGAGGAAAAAACUACAUUUUUUUGUGCUGCAAAUGGGUUAGUGUGUGCACACAGCCUAAGAUGUGGGGCGCAUUCACUACUUUUGCAUCAUUAAUCAAAGUGGUUUGCUUUUUUAAAAAAUUAAAUGACUUUUGUGUAUAGGAUGCUGUAACUGAGAUGAAUAUCUUUAAGGAAGCAUAGAUAGUAGCCUUGUACCGAGUCAGACCAUAAGUCCAUUGAGUUCAGUCUACACCGAUUGGCAGUGACUCUCCAGGCUUCAGAAAGGGAGUAUCUCCCAGCCUUCGCUGGUGAAACUAAACUGUACAUGGUCUCUUAUUUCAGAGGCAGCAGCUCCAUUGUAAAUACACAGCUAUAGACUUCCCCACUCUAGGAACAUACGAAAUGCGUUCUACUGAGUCAGAGGUUUGUCUAGAUGAGUAUUGUCUCCACUGACUUGCAGUGGCUGUCUAGAAUUUGAGACUGGAGAUACAAGAUCUUGGACCUGCUGAGAGCGCUAUGGCCUCUCCUUGUGUCUUAACACUCUGCCAUAUGGCAAUUUUCAUAAGAUUGAUUUUCAGUUAACCUAUGUGAAGUUCAGUAUAUUGAACAAAUUUACUCACGAUAUUUAUUUGACAUAGAUUAGCCAUAUAAGUAGGAUGAAAGAGUAGGUUCUGAAAGGUUAUAUAUUCUUUGGUAUAGUGAGGCUGCAAUCCUCUUACAGUUCCCUGGAAGUAAGUGCAGUUGAACUCAGGGGGGUUUACUUCUGAGUAGACAUGCAUAGAGUUGCACUGUCAGUGUCUAUUUACCCAGAUUUUCAUGCUUCUUAAGAAAAGGGAAAUGACAUUCUGGUUGUGUCGUUAGAAAUCAGUUUCACGGAGCGGAAACAAUUUGAAUGACAGUAGACGGUAGCCUCUAAAAUGACUGCCCAGUGCAAUGUGGACUUGGAGUGUGGGGUUGUACAAACACAGACCACCAUCCCUCCAAAAGCAUCCACAUCUGUUACAGACAGAAUGUCUCUCCCCUUGGCCACCAGUGUAAAUGUCUGUGCUAUAGGGGAGGAUUAGAGAAUCACAUCAGAAGAACAGAAGUGCAAAAACAGAGGGAGAUCUAUUGUGGCACCCAUAGGCUCUAUAGCUCCCUAAAACACCCUAACUCUUGGCACUCACCAAGGAUGCCUCCACCUCCCUUUAAAAAAGCAAAACAACCUGAGGGACAGGAGCUUUUUAUAGUUGUAUGUUGAGAAGUUUGCCUGUUUUUCUGUCUGUGUUCUAUUUCCUGGGGGAUGUAGGUAUUUUUUUUCGUUUUCUUUUGAUGGUGGUUCUGAGGAGCACCAGUUUUUCUUCUAUGAAAUGGGUAUGUUGUGGUGCUCACAGCAGCAUCUCUGAUUUCUAAAUGUGCCCCUGCCCCCACAGGAAAAGUUGGAGACACGCUGCUCUGGAUUCUCUCUUUCUGGCACAGCAGAGCAAGAAACUCUAGGGGAACCACACAAAUAUUGCAACAAUGGCUUGGGAAACAAUCAUUUCCCUCUUUCCCACUUCACAGGCUCCUUCUGCCAGUCUUUGCCAAAAAACAAAACAAAAACAAAACAGAAAGUAACAGAAAGAAAAUGAAUGGCUCCAAGGGACAGUAUAGUUUCUUCCCCAUCUGCCAUCGUAUACACAGCAGUGCAGGUGAUCAGGCUGUCCUAGUCUGGCCAAAAAUUCUAUUUUGAAUCCCUCCUCCUCCCCCUUUUAAAAUAAAGCUGCCAUGGAUAUAUAGGAAUGGAGUUGUAAAAGGAAAAAGAGAAAUGUAUUAUUGGGGAAAUGCUACCGAUGUUUUUAUGAUAUGACAUGUAUAAGCAUUAGAGUCAUGUAUUUAAAAGAUCGCUUGUUUUGCUUUGGACCACUGUUUAAUAUUCUUAAAUAAAGAUUUCUGAAACA